AUUGACGCGACAUAGAGAAAGGGAGAGGAAGCAAACAAAGGGUUGAGUUUGUUUACAGGUUUGCAGACUGAUUAAAACACUUCAUUCUUUUUUGUUGUGUUUUCAUGUUACUUUUUUAAGCUCUACUUGGAUUAUGUACUCAGAGGCACGAUCCUGAAAUGCAUUCAAGACCACCAAAUUCGUCCGAUGGCUCGACCGCAGUAACAGCAUCGGAGGCCAGCGGAGGAGAUCUACCACCUGUCGGUGCCACAGGAGCGCAAACGUCCCGUUUAAACCGCGGCUCUACCGGAGGAGGAGAACCGGAUUCGCCUUCCUGGUGCAGAACCCCGAAGAGCUUUGACGUUUUUCAGAGCCGGACGAUAUUCCGCUUCCCUCGCCGUUCCUCCAGUGGAUAUUUUUCCUCUGACUGCGACUCAUUGCCAAGCUCCCCGCUCUCCCCGAAGCCAGUGAUGUCUGACAAAGCGAUACAGACCCCGAGCCUCACCGGACAGGUGCUAAUACACGCCCUGCAGCGCAUGGGUGAGGUGCACGGUGAAGGACCGGGCACGCAACACGAUCCGUCACCCAGCCCCUCUAGGACGUGGCAGCAAAACGCAGCAGGGGACAUGCAGGCAGAGACAUUCGGACAACAGCUCAGACGAAUAGGAGACGAGUAUAAUCAUCUCCUAUUGCAAAGGAGGGCACCUAGACCGGUUGUUCUCCUGCCGAACAUAGUGCCUCAUAUCCACCAGGAGCCUGUCACCCUUAUCUGUGUAGGCCUACUGCUGAUACUGAUUGGGCGAUGGAUUUGGAUACAAGGCAAUACAAACACCCAGGACACCCAGGUUUAAAAUGAGAGUGGUAGACCCAGAAACCCAGCAGAUGUAGCAUUUUUUUACUAACUGUUUUUGGAUCUACUUUUUUUGGGGGGAACUCAUUUUUAGCCUCUACUCUCUGCUUUUCCAUUUGCAAAAAAGACUCCUGGAACUCUAAUCCUUUUUUGUGUUUGCACCAAUGUUUUUCCGUCAUGGCCUCAAAGAUUUUGUGAUGCUACCAAAGAGGCAAGAUUUUGCAAUUCUUUGUGGGCAGGGGCAGUCGCAAUACCUUAAUAUGCCUCUGCAAAAUGACGCCUGUGGAAAUUCAAAUGUGCCUUGAACAGUUUCUCGUUUACUUCGCUAGCUUUCCAUACAAUUUUUUUUUUUGUACAAAGAUUAUGUUCUCCCCAGGUCAAAAUAUCUGUCAAAAUGGAUGACUUUGGUUUGGAAUUGCACCUGCAUCACAUUCAUUGCCAUCAUGCAGCAGACUCAUGACCUCUGUAGGAAUCAGCCGGACCAGACUUGCAUCAGUAUCCAACAUGUUUUUAAAAAUACUUGUGGCAGAUUGACAGCACACCAGCAUUUUAGAACUCAAAUGAAUUGGGUAUUAUGUUUUUCUUGAAUCUAUAAUCUGGAUUAUUAUCCCUUAAAAGGUACUUUUAAGUUACUGAUAUAUAGCAGGAGACAUCUGUAUGAAUCUUCAUUUGUUUUCUAAACAUAUAUAGCAUAGAAAUUUGUUGUCUUCUAAAACUGCAAAAUUGAUGUUUUAUCACUGUGUUUCAUGACUACUUUAACAACAAUUGGUACAUAAUAUACAUAAUAUACAGCACAACCUGAUAAUGAACUGAGCCCACCCAAGUAGAUUUUACCACCUGCAUCUUUUAGACUUUAUCAAAAAACCCUUAAUCAUAACACAAGAUGAUAUUGAACCAACUUCCUGCAGUAGUAGAUACAAGUCUUCCAGUCUCCACUAGAGAACUCAAAAAUGGGUUAUACCACCAAAUACUAUCUGUGUACAAUGGCUUCCUACAAGAUGACAUCCAAAUGCAAUAACAGUUUUCUUCUUUGGUUAUUUUGUAUUCAGCAUUAAAGCAAAGAAAAAGAGUGUGUUAAUAACCAAAAUCUGAAUGUGAGUGUUCCAUUUUUGUUCAAUAACAAAAUUGGAGGAAUUGUUACUAAGUUGAAAUCCAGUUAGCAGAGUGGUGUUGAUGAACAAAGUGAACAACAAAACUAUUAAAUAGUGUCAUUUCAUAGUGUCUUGUUUAUGCAUUAUGCAACCUUUAAAUUUAAACGAAUCAACCAUUACUGUCUUCCACCUUCUUCGUUAAGCAUCUGGUUUUACCAUUAGCAGGCAGAGUGCAAUGGUUUCUUGACAAGGUCACGAUAUCACGAUAUCCGUAUAUUAGCACAGUGAUUCAGACCUGGCCAAGUCUCCAUACGCUUGCCAGGUCAUUAAAUAGUUAGUUUGAGUUUUGGACAAACACCAAACAUUGAAUAGUGCAAGUCAAAGACUCUUAAAUAACUAAGUGAUUAGCGAACAGCGGAAAUAGAGGCUUCAGAUUAAAAACAUGUAUUUGUAUCUUUGAACUCUUGAUGCCAAUGAAAACCUUUGUUGUGUUAUAAUGUAAGAAUUCAUGAUCCUUUAAAAAAAAUAGAUAUUGGGUUAUGUUACGAAAAAAUAAAUGUUACCACUUAAUCCUGAUUAAAUCUGAAGUAAAUACAAACAACUGAGUACACUUGUCUGUGUUUACAAAUAUCAGAAUUUACUCCCAUUUGAAUGUUGAGGGUAAAUAUAAAUCAGUCCAUUUUCUUGACUUUGAACAUUGUUUGCUAUCUGAAUAUAAUGUGGUGUCAAUGGAUUAUGCAAAAAUACAUUUAACCGAAGCACUUUAUAAUACCAAAAGUGCAUGCUUCUACUAGGAAAGUUGAAGGAAUCAACUGUGCACUACAGUUUAUUGGAGGUGCGAAACCAAAUCAACCAAUACUUCUUAUGAUCUGAUUCAUGAAAAUUAGAGAAAAAGACACAAAGAUAGAAUUCCCGCUCUGUUUAACUGGCUUUUUUGAGAAUAAUCACAACAUCCCUACCUCCUUUAAAGCAUGGUGCAUAGCCAACUCCUUGAACUUUUCUGACAAACUUUACCAAGCAAGCAGACUGACUAGGUUUGGUUGGAGUAGUAAGCAUUAAACACUGUAUUUCAAAGGUCCAAUGUGAACACUGACCAAUUAUAUUUGUGUACAACUCGUGUUUUCCAUGUUGGUUUGAAUGGUACAAGUUGAAUAUUCCCAAAUUCAUUGACAUAAUAUACGUUAACUUGAUCGGUACCAAUAAUAAUAAAAUGACAUUGCCUAGUGUGCAUGUUUGUUUAAGCAUGACACAAACAAAAAUAGGGAAGUAUUUUUUAUGCCCCUGUGAGCAACCUUGGAGAUGUACUGUGCUAUUAUGUGUGAUACAUGUGUUUGAUUUAAAACUUCAGAAUCAACGUAGUUCAAUCACUGUUGACGACUCCCUGUGAGGUUAGCUCAAAAAUUUGUUGUAACACAGCAAUAAUCAAAUGUACGUUUGCACAGUUGUGUCAACACCACUGAAAAUCACUGAUACAUUAAUGUGCUGGUAUUUAUCACUGCUACAUAAGAAUUUCAGCUACUCUGUCAGCUGUGUAAUCUUACAUUAAUAGCUAUUCAUCAGCUAUAAGUAAUCAUUUUCAAGCUUUCUCCUAUGAUAUGAUGAGAUGGUUUAGGACUGGUCACUAAUUGAAGGUUUUGCAGGUGUUAUCUAAAGAUAUUUAGCAUUACUUGUAGUGGAUAAAGUCAUUAGAAUAAUCUGUACUUGUAUUGUUAAAAAUCCACUUCUGACAGCAGUGUCAUAUAGAUUAUAUUUGUCAUAUAAACAUCACCAUACACAUCUGGUUUAUUGGUACAAGAUUAAAAUAAAAAAUCGCAACAAAGAGACAUUAAUGGCCAUAAAAAAUACAUUAAAAGAUACAAAGAGAUUUAACAUAACCACAGAAAACCACAAAGAGCUCUUACCAAUGUAUUGUUUAUUUCCGAGAACCACAUUUGUCCACUUAUGUUAGCAAAACUGCCACAGCGCAACCUAAACAGAAAACGCAAAAGUUGUUUUACACUACUUUCUGUUUCUGGUUGUAUUUCCUCUUUGUUCUAUCUUUUCCUGUUGGAGUAAUGUAUUGCAUACCAUGUAACCUUUCUGAUUUGUCUCUGUUUGGAAUUGAACACGUUCCAGGUGUGUGUUCAUGUGCACCAAACCUAAGUGCUUUUGCUUUUGUCUCUGCUGUGACACUGAGAUCGCUGUAACUGCGUGUUGAUUUUUGAUAUCGUGCCAUGUGAAACCUACAACCUCAUUUUGAAGUACUGUAUUACAGCUGGAGUGUGAGAGAAAAGCAUGGCAGGGAGGAAACUGAAAGAUGAAUUAACGGCUUAUGAAACUGAUAUGGAAACCUGGCAAUGUGCAGAUUCUCCGCCUAUCAUUUGUAGGUGUUAGAGCACAGAAACACUUGUAUUACAUUCAGGGUUUUACUGACUCGCUUUAACCCUGCUCAGGCUGCGUUCGCAUAUUGUGCUGUGCUCUUUGGGGCUUUAAGAUAACAGCUAUUAUCUACAUACAGUUAUGUGAAAAAGCAAGUUGCAAAUUGUUAGCUUUUUUGGCAUAUCUUCAGUGCCGACUGAUAAAGGUGGUCGACAUGACAAGAAUUUUUCAAUCAUGAAUUUGACAAAAGCAUGAACAGAUGUAAUGAUGUGUGGAGAAAGAGAGUCACCGUUGGUCUUGGUCCCCUUCGGCAGAAAUCAUUUUUAGCAGGUGUUUUGUAUAAUUGUUAUAACUGUCCUUGCUAAAUGUCUAAAGUUGCAAAAGUUUUUAAGGGUUUUACUGAUAUUGCUGCACUUUUCUAAUCCCCCCAUAACUUUUAAAUGGGAUCAUAUUUGGGUUGUUUUAUAUGACCUUUCAUGGUUAAUCAAAUCCAUAACCCUCAACAUGUUCUUUUUGAGGCAUUCCUUAGUAGACUGGCAUAAUUUAUGGCACGUUUGGGCUGCUGAAAGGUAAACAUAUUUGCAGCUGAAUCAAAGACUAGACGGGCAGGCUAGACAAUAACCUAGGUGGGAAAUCAACAGCAAAAUUAUUAUCCACUAUACUCCAGAAUUGAAAUUGCAUAGGCUGAGAAGUUAAAAUCUCCCCUGUUUCUGUUUGUUGUCUUGAGUUUUGUUUUGUUUGGGAAUAGCAAAGGCUUUUUUAUGAAUGAAUAAAUACAGUUGAGGUCCAGUGAUGCAUACAUGUUGAUGCCAACAAUUAUAGGCGAUACCUUCAGAGUUUGUGAUUACAACUUUUAGAUUUAUGAAAACUUCAGUUUGCAUCAGUCUGCCUUUGUUUGGAAUUUAAGGUGGUUCUAAACCCUGGUUGAAAUGUUCUGGUUUUUGAAGGUGUGACGAAACACCUUUUCCACUCAAAUUAUUUACAUGGAAAAAUUACAUAGUACAUUUAUCCAUAGGCAUUUUAUGAAAUGUUUAACAGAUAUGCCAAAAGAAGCCAGACUAUUAAGACUAUUCUCAUGACAGGAAAAUAAGAUUAAAAAAAAAAAUCAGUGGAAUUGUUAAAAAGAUAAAACACACAGUAUAGUGGACCCAGAGACAUAGCGGUUUAUUUUGCUUUUGCUGAAAGUGCUGUACAGAAAUGCAUCUCUUGGAUGGAGGUUGUUUGUGCAAGAACUGAGACAAACAAUUCCAAAUGACCCAGUAAAAUUGUAGCAAAUUUGUCUUUUGUUAAUAUUGUAACUGUACACUGAACAUGUAAUUAUUGCUUCAAUUUAAAAUAAAGCUUUUUACAUUCAAUUUAA